UAUAUCACAACACAGAACAAUGAGUCGGCGCUAGCGGUCGAGUCGCGACUCGCGUUCUGCUCAAUGUAUAAGGCUCAUACCACUCCACGUUUUGAAAACAAAGUCAAUUGUUCAGGAUUGAAAAAGAAAAUCAAAACGGGCAAACAUAAAGCUAUUCACAAACAUUGCGACUGAAACAGUGAAAUCCAACGGACAACAAUCGAUAUAGGAAUGCGAUAGUCAUUUCACAGGAAUAUUUUUAAUUGAAAAAUGUAGUUUUGUGUCGUGUGUUUUGUGAUACUAACAUGUUAAUCAGAGGGAGAGUGAUAUCGAACAUGAUGCUGAUUGAAGUAGAAUUUAAUAGGUAUCACGAUAUUCAUUACCACGAUAACGGCUGUCCAAUUCCCGAACAACCCAACAUCAGAAAUGUCUGCAGAUGAAAAGUUUUUUGUCAAAAGUAAUAAAACAGCGGAGCAAUCUGACGAGAGUGGACAUGAGAUCGAAACAGAAAUAGAAGAAAAAAAAUUCUUAGACGAUGCUUUAAAAACAGUAUUAGAUCCUAGAACUGUAAUUGGGAAAGUUGAUGAGGUAGUUGAAAACUUCAAAAUUCAGCUCGAAGAAGUUGAUAAGGAAAAUAGCACUCUAGAGUUGUUUAUGGAAGAAAUGGAUAAAUUAAGCUUAGAAAUAUGUAAAACAGCGCAAGAAUCUCUUUGGGACUACGUGACCGAUAUAAACAGUGAAGCGAAGAAAAAUAAAAUGGUACGAAUAGCAGCCGAAGAAGAUGAAAUAAAGAAACAGUAUUGGACUAUUUUAAAGAAAAAAUACUUGAACGACCAAGAACCCAUGCUGGAUUUAAAAUUAAAGAGAAAAAUAAAAAUAAUAAAAGAGAGGGGAACUAAUGUGCAGAUGCCUCAAAGUAAACAACGCGAGGAAAUAGAUACAAUGCAACGUAUUUGGAGCAGAGUGUCGGUAUGCGCCUACAAUGCGUCUGUUUGCAAUAACGAGGAUUCGCAACGAACAAUGAAUGAUGUAAUAACAAUUUUCAAAACCAGUAACGACACAGAUGAACUGGCAUACUACUGGAAGGCUUACAGGGAUGCAACAGGGAAGAAGAUUCGACCAAUCUUCAAAGAUUACGUCAGUAGAAUGAACAACAUCGCUGUAUCAGAAAACUUUAAUGAUGCCGGCGAAGUGUGGCGAUACGCUUUUGAAGAUGACGAUUUCCUUAACACUGUUAAUCGACUAUGGAAUGAAAUUAAACCAUUCUACAAUCUUCUGCACAGUUAUGUAAGAGCAAAGCUCAAGGCUUAUUAUAAAAAGGAAUUACAAAAUGACGAUAAAUUAAUACCAGCUCAUAUUUUAGGUAACUUGUGGGCACAAGAGUGGCAAGCAAUAUACCACAAAGUUGCAGCGUAUCCGAAUAUUGAAAGAGCAUCGGUUAAGCAAAACGAAAGCAUUCAUUCUAAGGACCUAUUUAAUGCUGUAGAUGAAUUUCACCAAUCACUUGGGUUUGAAAGCGCCAAAGAUACAUUUGCCGAUAUUAAAGAAACAACCACAACAGUCAAUUGUUUACCCUCCAGCCAUGAUAUGUGCGAUGGUGUUAAUUACAAAAUUAAAUGGUGCGGAGAGAAAGUGUCAGACAUAACAGUGGGACUGUCCAGAGCCGCAAGACUGCUGGGUCAUGUGCAAUACUUCAAGCACUAUCGCAAUCUUCAACCAUUGUACAGAGAUGGGCCCAAUCCAGCCUUCCACGAUGCAAUCUCCGAUAUUGCAGCCGUGCAGUUGACCUCGCCGAAGCACCUUCGGACCUUGAACUUCGUGAAGGUAGAAUCAACUGCUGAAUCUACGUUAAACCAUUUACUUUGGAUGGCACUCGAAAAGUUUCCACUCAUGGCUUAUGCUUAUGUUCUUGAUAAAUGGAGAUGGGACGUCUUUGCCAACAGCACUAUGGACAAUUGGAACCAGUACUGGUGGGACCUCAGAACACGAGAGACUGGCAUAUCACCUCCUGUGGCUCGAAAUGAAAGUGAUUUAGACCCUGCUGCCAAAUAUCAUGUGGUUUCUCAUGUCCAAUAUAUUACGUACUUGAUAUCACACAUCCUGGAGUUUCAAAUCCUGCUAUCACUAUGCAAGAGAGCGAAUCACUCCGGACCUUUGCACGAAUGUUCCAUAUACGGCGAUAAGGAAGCAGGAAAAAUGCUAAGUGACGGAAUGUCUCUAGGUUCUAGUGAAGAUUGGCGGACAGUAUUACGUACUAUGACGGGUGAAACUGAAUUAUCAACAAAAGGUAUCCUAGAAUAUUUCGCAGUCCUACAAGACUUUCUCAAAGAAGAAACAGCAAAAUUAGAAAGAAAAAAUGAAGCAAUGGAUACAAACGCACCAAUUAUAAUAGGAAUUGUAGCAGUUCUUAUAACUUUACUUAUGUUUAUACUUUACUGUAUUAAAAAUAGGGAUUCAACUCUUAAAAUCCUUUCUUACUGUAGCUUAAGUAAGAAUGGAUCUUUAGAUAUAGUUGCCAAUGAACUGUCACAACGUAAAUCCAAUGACGUAGAUGAUGGAGUGAGUGAGGAUAAAGUAUAGCACUUAGUAUGAUAGAAUAUAAAUAUGUAAUACAAUCUAUUUUUUCUAGUAGAGAACGUAAGAGAGGUACCAUGUACGGCACAUAUGACGUUGUUGCCAUGGACUAACAAUAAAAAUUGUGAUACGAGUUAAAAACCUGAUUCAGGAUGUCUUAAGAGCCAGGAAAAGCGCGCCGCUUAUGCGUUUCUCCAAUUUGCGAUUGGUGUGAGUGAAAAAAAACUAGAUGAAAUGUAUAUUAUUGUUAACGUGUGUUAAGGUUUAUUAUUAUUUGUAUAAUUUUAAUAUACUGGUUUUAUAGUUAUUUAUAUUAUAAGAAAUGUUGAUGAUGAAUCCUGUACUGAUUAUAAAGAUAAUAA